AUAUGAUCUCUGCGGCAUCCCCACACUGUUGCAAAUUCAGCUGAACAUUUCUGGGUUUAUUUUUAGUUUGUUUUUGAUUUCAUGACUGGCACCUUCUCUUGUCAUGUAAACUCUGGCCACCCUUCCCUCCCAUGGAAAUGGUUUUGCAGCUGGAGAUACGGCAAUGCUCCACCUUGGCAGUGAACUGACCACAUCAGAUACCAAAGUCCAGUGCUCUAGGAACCACUGUGCGUGGGAGAAUUUAAAUGGGCAAUAAAACUGUGACAUUCAUUCAAGGCUUAGUGCAGCCAUAACUACAGAUUAACGUGCUGGCUACUUCAUCUUCAUCCUGUCAUCUCUCUGCUGCUUUAUGGGGAAAGCAGGCUGACAUGGUUAUUAAAUCUGGCAGCUGUGUUGUAUGCACAUGGGAAGCAAGUAGAGCACAGCAUAUAGAAAAUGAGUAGCUUUCAGAUAGCAGUCGUCUUUUCACUGCUGCGAGGCUUGAAAGGCAGCCUAAAAAGCUCUUUUCCUUCUUUGUAAUCACCAGUCGCUGGAUCAGUGCGCAAAUAUCACAAAUACAGUUGCAAAUACCCGGACUUCUCAUUAAGAAACUCGACAGUACCUUAUUAUCAGAAGAGCAAACAAAUAGUCAUCAUAAGGGGCACCAGUAAGUCUGCAUCUGACCUGAUAAGAACAAUGAACAUAGCACGCAGUGUGCAGGGUAGAAGGGAACAGGACCCAUAUGUCAGUGGUCUAGGAUGGCCAGUGAAGGCUCCAACAUCCCAAGUCCUGUGGUCCGUCAGAUUGACAAGCAGUUUCUGAUUUGCAGCAUAUGCUUGGACCGUUACAAGAACCCCAAAGUACUUCCCUGCCUGCACACUUUCUGUGAGAGGUGCUUACAGAAUUACAUUCCAGCCCAUAGCUUAACCCUUUCUUGCCCCGUGUGCCGCCAGACCUCCAUUCUGCCAGAGAAAGGGGUUUCUGCACUCCAGAACAACUUCUUUAUCACCAACCUGAUGGAUGUCCUGCAACGAACGCCAGACAACAGCAUUGAAGAGUCCUCCAUCUUGGAGACUGUCACUGCUGUUGCUGCGGGCAAACCGCUCUCCUGCCCCAAUCAUGAUGGAAAUGUGAUGGAAUUUUACUGCCAGUCCUGUGAGACAGCCAUGUGCCGGGAGUGUACGGAAGGAGAACAUGCAGAGCAUCCCACGGUUCCACUCAAGGAUGUGGUAGAGCAACACAAGGCUUCCCUCCAAGUCCAGUUGGAUGCUGUCAACAAAAGGCUUCCAGAGAUCGACUCAGCACUUCAUUUUAUAUCUGAAAUCAUACACCAGUUAACCAACCAAAAGGCUAGUAUUGUAGAUGACAUUCAUUCCACUUUUGAUGAACUCCAGAAGACUUUAAAUGUGCGAAAGAGUGUGCUGCUUAUGGAACUGGAAGUGAAUUAUGGCCUUAAACACAAAGUCCUCCAGACACAGCUGGAUACUUUACUUGAAGGGCAAGAAAGCAUUAAAAGUUGCAGCAACUUUACGGCGCAAGCCCUCAACCACGGCACUGAAACUGAAGUUCUGCUGGUGAAGAAGCAAAUGAGUGACAAGCUGAAUGAACUGGCCGAGCGGGACUUCCCAUUGCAGCCCCGUGAAAAUGAUCAGUUGGACUUCAUAGUGGAAACAGAAGGCCUGAAGAAAUCCAUUCACAAUCUGGGUACUAUUUUAACCACCAAUGCUGUUGCCUCUGAAACAGUUGCCACAGGUGAGGGACUGAGGCAGACAGUGAUCGGACAGCCCAUGUCUGUUACCAUCACAACUAAGGACAAAGAUGGGGAGCUCUGUAAAUCUGGAAAUGCUUACCUCACUGCUGAACUGAGCACACCUGAUGGGAGUGUAGCAGAUGGAGAAAUACUUGACAAUAAAAAUGGCACUUAUGAAUUUUUGUAUACUGUUCAGAAAGAAGGGGAUUUCACUUUAUCACUGAGACUUUAUGAUCAACAUAUCAAGGGCAGCCCAUUCAAACUUAAAGUGGUCAGAUCAGCAGAUGUGUCCCCUACCACUGAAGGGGUUAAGAGGCGUGUUAAAUCUCCUGGCAGUGGUCAUGUGAAGCAGAAAGCUGUGAAAAGACCUGCGAGCAUGUACAGCACUGGCAAAAGAAAAGAGAAUCCCAUUGAAGAUGAUUUGAUCUUCAGAGUAGGCACCAAAGGAAGAAACAAAGGGGAAUUUACAAAUCUUCAAGGUGUAGCUGCAUCUACAAAUGGAAAAAUAUUAAUAGCAGACAGUAACAACCAGUGUGUGCAGAUAUUUUCCAAUGAUGGUCAGUUCAAAAGCCGUUUUGGCAUACGAGGAAGGUCUCCUGGCCAGUUGCAGCGGCCAACAGGAGUGGCUGUGCAUCCCUGUGGUGACAUCAUUAUUGCAGAUUAUGAUAAUAAAUGGGUUAGCAUAUUCUCAUCAGAUGGAAAAUUUAAGGCCAAAAUUGGAUCUGGAAAGCUUAUGGGCCCUAAAGGUGUUUCUGUGGAUCGUAAUGGACACAUCAUCGUAGUGGACAAUAAAGCAUGCUGUGUCUUCAUCUUCCAGCCGAAUGGGAAAAUAGUCACCAGGUUUGGUAGUCGAGGAAACGGUGACAAGCAGUUUGCAGGUCCUCAUUUUGCAGCUGUAAACAGCAACAAUGAAAUUAUCAUUACAGAUUUUCAUAACCAUUCUGUCAAGGUAUUUAAUCAGGAGGGAGAAUUCAUACUGAAGUUUGGAUCAAAUGGAGAAGGAAAUGGACAAUUUAAUGCACCAACUGGAGUAGCUGUAGAUUCUAAUGGAAAUAUUAUCGUAGCAGAUUGGGGAAACAGCCGAAUACAGGUUUUCGAUGGAAGUGGAUCAUUUUUAUCCUACAUUAACACCUCUGCUGACCCACUUUAUGGUCCCCAAGGUCUGGCCCUUACUUCAGAUGGCCAUGUUGUAGUUGCAGACUCUGGAAAUCACUGCUUCAAGGUCUAUCGAUACUUACAAUAGCAAUGAGCUCUGGAGCUGAAUAAUUGUCCACCCUUAAGAAAAGACUGGUCCUAGAGAUCCAAUGCAGGCUAUAUCUCCUACUUUGAGUUCAUUUUAAUAAUGAAGGAGUCUCUUAUGGACUUCUCGUGUUAAUUUCCAAUCUUACCUUGUUUACGUAGGACCUGCACCUCUUGCGUUUCUCACUGAACUUUUUGUUGUAAGGGUUAAUGCACAAAUCCUCUUUAACUGAAUUCAUAAAGACAAUGUGAUAUUAAACACAAACUGCAACUUAAGGAACUGGAAUUAACUAAUUAGGCAAAAAUAAGAAAAAAUUGGGGAGAGUCCCAAAAGCUUUUUGAAGACUACAAAGGGUAGCUCUCGCUCAGAGCUUCCAAAUUUGAAGAAGUAUCAUUGUUAAGCAUUAUUUAACCCAGAGGUUAUUCUGGGAAUCUCCUAGAUCUCAUUAUCAUGGUAGGUAUUUCACUUCUAACAUUCUUCGGUCUUACUAUCUGUAACAAGUAGGUCCUUUUAGUAUAAGGUUAAAUCUCACAAAAUCCAUCUAGCUCUAACCGUCAGACCUAACACAGCUCAACGUUUAGCACUAUGAGAAUCAAUGAGCAUUCCCUACUCAUGUGGGAUUAAUGAAGGAUUGUUUCAUGUGCUUGUUUUUCUCUCUUCCUCUUGCUCAAUGUGCUGGAAGGACUUUGCAGAGACCUGACAUUUCCAAAGCUCUGGAAAAAAUCAUAGUGAUACAUUAGUGAGAGCUGAAUUUCAGUGUAACAACAGACCUUUUGACACCAAACUAGUUCAUUAGGAUCCAGAUUAUUACAAUGUCAACUCAAUCUCAUGUGUGCCACUCUUUCAUAUGUGUUCAUUGCCAUGUUUCCUUAAGGCAACUCAUUGUAUUAACCAAUAAAAUAAAAUGCAGCAUCACACAGGACAGAAAGCCAGAGAGGUACCCCUAUGGAGGACCUGCAUUAUACAGCCAAAGGAACUGUGGUAAACAGAGGUUGUAUAGGAAAGCCAAGGGUUACCAAAGCUAUUUGUUUUUACAUGAGAAAAAAUACAUUACAAAUAAGAAUGAAUUUGAACCAAUUCCUGAAGUCCUUCAUCAAAGGGAAUUUUGUUAUAGGACAAAAUAAGGACUGUGAGAUUUGUUCCGAUUUGUUUGUAUGUAUGUAUGUAUGACUGACAUGAAAAUUAAGAAAUCUAAAUGUGGGUUAUUUCAGCAAACUGGAACGUAUGUAUGCCAUCUGUCAAUGGCAGUACUCUGAAAAAAUGUCCCUUCUUCUUCCUGCUGGAUCUUCUGUGCUAUUUGUUGAAGUAUUAAUUUAAUUGGAAAUGCUUACAAUCAUAUGACUGGGUUCUGUUAUUAAUGUUGGGAUUUUUUAAGUGUGAACUUGUCCUUUUUAAAGUAGCAUUGGCUUUAUUCUUAAUUCUAAAUCCAACGGUCAAAGAAUGAAUUGCUACCGUAGCCUAAUAUGGAUAGAGUGGUGCUCAUUCUUAAACCUCGUUUUGAGGAGCUGAUGAGGUUGCUGCCAAUGCCUACAAAAGCCUGGGAAGUACUGUCUUUCUUUUCUCAUUUUUAGGGCCUUGAAACAAAAGGGCAUUGGGUCAGGAACAAGGGAGUAUUUUAAGCAUGUUUGCAAAAUGGAAAGAAAUCUUUGUUAAAUUACUCGUUAUGUUUUUGUCUUAUUGAAAUAAGAUUGUUGUUUCAAUGAAUUUGAGAAAAACUAAUUUUUUUUCAUAAAGAUGCAUUUGACUUGUAAAAAAGCAGACCCCAAGGUUCUUAAAUGUGGAGUUUGUCUAUUUUUUAAUUACUGUUUCUUAAAGAUAUUUCCUCUUCUUUCCCUUGUUUAUUUUUUGCACAUAGAGCCAAUUUACAAAUUCUGAAGCAAAGAUAAGUUUCCUUAUUUCACUGGAAUAAGUAUUUUGUGUAUAAGGCUUAAGGUUAUAUAUAAUGCAGCUAAGCAAUUGGUGGUAAUGUUUUUGAAAUGUUAAAACUUAAAUGUGUUAUUACCAAGAGAACAAAAUAUCCUCUGCUUGAACUGAGUUUGUCCUAAAAUUCUGAAGAUGGUAUCCCAGUCAUUACACAAUAAACUGUCCUAUCAAAAUUUAACAAAGUUGUAUGUCAGAUUUUCUGAUGAUCAAGUAAUUUCCUUGUAAGUGUCCUUAUAAGCAACCUUCUGGCAAACAAACAAUUUCUGACAUUGGAAUUCCUUUAAAUGGCAAAUUUAUCAGUGAAAAAAGGUACAUAGCAUUUUACCUGUAUUUAUUAACAAAGAGAAGAGGUUGCACAUGUUCUUUGAGAUAAAAACAAUGAGAAAAUGAGAAAUGUGCUGUUGCUGUCAGUUACGGAUAAUAUUAAUCAAGUAUAGUUCCAAAUUUGGAUUUUUAUAAUAACAUUUUACUAAAUUUGCAUGGUUUCCAUGCAGGAAGCAUUGCCAAAUCCUCUGUUACCAGGAACUCUGAGAAGCACAGAAAUCAGACCCUAACGUUUAUAUCAAAACAUAUACUUAAGACAGUACUAGUCUAUGUAUACACUUUUCUUCAAAAGAUUUUCAGUCCCUUUGACUCAGUAUUUACCAGGAUUUUAUAUAACCUAUGUCAACCCAGUGCAUCCUGAUGAAAUAUGGAAUUCUGUACACAACCCCCUUACAACCCAGCUAACAACUACUAGGGGUGAUGUGGAUUUGGGUUUGAGAUUGAAUAGUCUUUUGAGUUUUCAGACAUUAUUGAGGUUUCAGACAUUAUUGAGUUUUCAGACAUUAUCACCAGAGCAGCACUUAGUGCACGUGAAAAACAUCACUAAUUUGGAGUUCCUUCUGAUAGCAAAUGCUGCCAGCAACAGUUUCAAAUUCAGUGGCACAGGGCAUUCCCUUCCAACGUCUGACUUCAUCUGCCUGGCACAGGGAAACUGAGAAACACAGUGCUUUUACGGUGUGCUUCUGAAGCCAAUUUAGCUAAAAUGCUUGGCUUACAAACCUUACAAACAGCAACCAAAGCAGAAAUUCUGCUCUAAAAAGCUGGCAGAUUCUUUUCUCAUCCAAUUAAGUGAAUGUCAAAAUUGCACUACCUGAUUUGCUGAGUUGUUAGCAUUUAUUAAAGGCUUUAUAGGCAUUCUGCUGCCAGAUUUCAGGUAUAACCAAAUGUUCCCUUGACUUCCCUGGAAUGCUAAUUGACUAGCAGCACAGCAUGAAUGGUGAAAGUAUGUGCUUCAUUUAACUAAUCUUCAACUCAAAAGUAAUCUCAAGGUUAUCAGGUCUUGUGUAAUUUGAAGCAUUUUAGGACAAACUAGCCAACUGUAUUUUCAUUGUUUUGUGAAUAGAAUAAAAGGAUCUGUUCAGAUAAAUCUAAUAUAAACAGUAGGGGAUUUUUACAUAGGCUAAACCAGCAGCAAUGUAGCUGAAAAAGAAAAUUUAAAUGGUUUAGGCAAUCAUUUGCCUAAUGUGGAUGGAGAGUUAUUUAUUAGUAAAUGCUCUUUUGUUCUGUAAAAGCUAGAGGGCUUUCGAUUUUAUGUCAAUAUUUUUUAUAACUAAGGAUCUAGUGUUGCCAUAAUGAGAACUAAAAGUGCCCAAUUAUUGAAAAAUUUCUUCAAGAAUUGUGAGCAGUGAUUGUUUUGGCCUGUUUGUGGAGAGUGUGUGAAAGGUUAUUUGUGCUAUGGAGUAGAAAGAUUCCUAACGGGUUGUGUUAUUUCUGAUGAAUGUACAGCACUUCAGUUGAUGUUUGUGAGCAACACGGCCUUAACCCUGACACUUUUGCUUUGGCUUUAUGACAUGGGAAUGUUCCCUAAGCUGCAUAGUGUAUGGCAGUACCCCCUGUUAGACAUCUCUACCAGUUGAUACACUGCAGCUUUCCAGUUCUAGGAGUCAGUCUGUCUUUUUUCUUGAUUUUUUAAAAAAGUUUUUCUACAUUCCAUCUUUGUAGGUCGAUCUCAUAUAUUUUGUGAACAUGUAAGCCUUGCACUCUCUUGACACCCAUAAUGAAAUAUUCUUCUCACUUCAUUUUUUUGUUGUUGUUUUGUUUUUUUAAAUCCCUGUGAAGCUAAAUACAAACUUUUGUCUCCUUAAGGUCAAGGAUGAAAGAUGCGCAUCGAAGUGUUUGUGUGUGUGUGUGUGUGUGUGUGUGUGUGUGUGUGUGUGUAGUUUUAGCUUCCUGUGUGCCACGGUAUUAUUGAUGCUUUAGCCGAUGAUUAAAAAAAAAUUUACUGUCUUGGAAAUGUAGGAAAACCAGAGUCAAAUGUGUACCUUUACCACGCACAAAAAUUUCAAAUAAUAAAAAUAAAGCUUGUUUCCUCUGUUA